GCGCCUACAGGUAGCGCUGGUGGACUGGAACCCUGAAGCAGGUGUCAAGUGUAAGGUGGCCCUGGAUGAGCAGUUUGAACCUCAGAAGACAAUAUUCAUCCAGUGCGACGUUGCUGACCAGCAGCAGCUGAGAGGUUUCUGUCAUCAGCGGGACGUAUCUUGGUUUGGACUACAUGAGUAAGCAGCAUGGCGGGGAAGGCGGCAUCAUUAUCAACAUGUCGUCUUUAGCAGGACUCAUGCCUGUAGCGCAGCAGCCUGUUUACUGUGCUUCAAAGCACGGAAUUGUUGGAUUCACGCGCUCAGCAGCGCUGGCUGCUAAUCUUAUGAACAGCGGCGUGAGACUAAAUGCCAUUUGCCCAGGAUUUGUUAACACGCCCAUUUUGGAAUCCAUUGAAAAAGAAGAAAACAUGGGACAAUAUAUAGAAUAUAAGGAUCAUAUCAAGGAUAUGAUGAAAUACUAUGGAAUUUUGGACCCAUCGAUGAUUGCCAGUGGAUUAAUAACACUCAUUGAAGAUGAUGCCUUAAAUGGUGCUAUUAUGAAGAUCACAACUUCUAAGGGAAUUCAUUUUCAAGACUAUGAUACAACUCCAUUUCAUAAAACUCAAUGAAUGGAUUUAUAUUGACCAUAACUGAAAAUAAGUACAAAUGACUUACAUUCAGACCAUAUCUGCAUUUGAAUAGAGCUUUUCUUAAUGAAAUAAUAUAGUCUGAAGCUUUCCUUCAUGCACUGGUGUUAAUUCUUCUAAGUUUCUAAUUAAGCAUAUGGAUAAAAAAAUUAUGAACUAUCAAAAAUAUGAUGUGGA